GAGUAUCGAUUUAUUGUAAACGAUAAACGUUACAUAACCUAUAAAAAAUUAAAAAUAAUAUUCAAGUUGAUAUAAAUAUACAAUUUUUUUACUGUAUUUUACGAAUUGUAAAAUAUUAUCAACGUUGAAUGUAAAAACUUUAAUUUGUCAGUAUUUGAUUUUAAAUAUAAUUUACAGUCGGCAAAUACAUUGGGAGGUCUCUUUCAGUCAAAACAUCAAAAUGUCAUCAAAAGGGAUGGAAGAAACAGAAAGGCUAAAAAGUAAUUUGAAUGAUCAACUUCAAAGACUGCUACUUCAGCUGAAGGAUAUUGAGGAAUGCAAAGAUGAGCUGGAUGCUGAAGACUAUGAAGAAACCAAAAAUGAUACAAUUGAGCAGCUACAAGAACUCAAUGAGCGUAUCUCAAAAAUGAUGGCGGGGGAUAUUACUCUGGUGGACCACUUCAGCGCUAUGCAAAUGGCAACAGCAUCGGCAAUCAGCGCAGCGUUUAGGACGCCGGAAGUGAAACAGCUGUUUGCGAAACAGGAACCGGAACAGCUGAAACAGCGGCUGGAACAGCUGGAGAGGGACCACAAGCUAGGGCAUCUUGAUGCCCUCACUGUCAAGCGUAAAAAGGUGGAAAUUCUCACCACUCUACGUCAGAUGGGCGAAAAACUGUCUGCCGCCGAUUUACAGUUGAUUGCUGAGUUGGAAAAACAAAAGGAAAAUCCACAUCAGGCUGGUUUUCUUCACAUCACUAAUGAAACAGAUGUUGGAGAAAAAGCAUUGGACCUAGCCAGAUUGGAAGCUAAGUCUUUGGAGACACCCUAAUAAUUGUAAUUUUUGUAAAUCAAAUAAACAUUAAUUUUAAACCAAAAA